AUGGAUUCGAAUCCUCGGACGCCGACGCCGCCGCCCCGGGCAGAGGCCGAGGGCGGGCAGUCCCAGUCGCCGCCCCAGUCCCAGUCGUCGCCUCCGCCCCAGUCGCCGCCGCCCCAGUCCCAGUCGCAGCCUCAGUCGCACUCGUUCUCACCGCCACAGCAUCAUCACCAGCUGCAACCACAAUCGCGUCCCCAGUCGCCGCCCAUCCCCAGCCCUGCCCUCUCCCGACUCUCGCCCUCCAUCCUCCACCCGUCAACCCCCCAGCCCGAAGAUCCCGCAGAAGACUACUUUCAUCGCGUCAGCGACGCGCCCUCUCGGCGAUCACGCCUUUCCACCUUUUCCAUCAACCGCCUGCCCAGUUCCACGCCCUCGGAAAACCGUCCGCCCGCCCGCCCAGACCAUUCGCGACGGCCCAGCAUCCGAAUCCGCCUCAGCAAUGCCUCAAUCAACCGAGCCCAGCCCAACUCCCCCGAGCGCGCCGCCUCCAGCCAUGGCCCCGAACACAUCGAUGCCCCUGGCGGACGCUCCCGGAGCGCCUCGCAGUCCAGCGCCGCCAGCGCGCCUGCCGAUACUACCAGCGCCGCCAGAAACGCGAGCAGGCUGACGAUGCAGCCCGACAUCUCUAGCCCCGCCCGCAGCCCGAGGAGGAUGGUCCAGGCUUCGCUGCCCCGGUUGACAGAAGAAGGCUCACGCCCGACAAUGGCCGAGCUGGGUCUCGUCCCCGUCCCUCGGCCCCAACGACCGUCCAUUGCCCCGAGUGAUCCGGCCGCAGACGAGGAUGGGGAGCAUGAGGAAAAGGGCAGCCAAGAGGCCGGUCCUUCGAACGAGAAGGGGAAUCGUCUCCGCAGGGUGAGUCGCUUUUUCUGGCCCAGCAAAGCCAGGCGCGGCUCCGCCGACCCAGGCAGUGUUACCUCGGCCGAGACGCGCCAUGAGGACGAGUAUCACGAGGAGCUGGUUGACUGGCUCGACAUUAUCGAUCCCGAAGUCCAGACGCUCUCGACUCUCACCAACGUGCAGAACUCGCUCUUCAUCCCCGACCUCGGCACCUGGGUCAACAGACGGCCCACCUACGUCCUCUCCCAGCCCGACAUGCGCUCCAGGAGACCCGCGACUGCCGAGGGGCGAGUCGCCGAAGUGCCAGACACGCAGCGCGACGAGGCCGCCGAGACAGAGCCCUCGCCCGAGGCGGCCGCCCCCGAGCACCCGACGAUACAGCGAAGCACGACCAUCACCUCGCGGCUGUCCGAAUCCCACUACGCCUCUCUGCCGCACGGCAGAACCCUCGACGGCUGGAGCGCCGCCGACAAGCAGGAGCUCGACGAUCGCGUUCGUCACAUGCUCCACUCGCGACGGUCCAAGUUCAAACGCAUGAUGAAGGGGUUCGGCCAAUACGUGCGCCGGCCGCUCGGCUUCUUCGUCACCCUCUACGCCCUCCUCAUCACCCUCUUCGGCCUCGCGUGGGUCCUCUUCCUCAUCGGCUGGAUCUACGUUGGCGAGGAGCAGCCGUACGCCGUCCAUGUCAUCGACAGCAUCCUCGUCGCCCUCUUUGCCAUCAUGGGUGAUGGCCUGGCCCCCUUUCGGGCCGUUGACACGUAUCACAUGAUCUUUGUCCUCCGCUACUCGCGGAUGAUCAAAAAUGCCGGCAAACCGCCUCGAGCUCGGUUACGGAAGAGCCAUGGGCGACCCGAAGUGCGGAACGAGGCCAUAACGGACGUCAACGGACACGGAAUCCUCAAUGAGCAGGCCAUGACUGCCAACGGGGGCGACCAACAUGAUGCUACCGACGUCAACUUAGAGGACGGCAAGUCGGGAGGCGAUAUUCCUGGCUACUACCCCCUUAAUGCGAAGCAGGUCAAGAGCCUGCUGCACCACCAAAAGAAGCUGGCCAAGUCGCACAGCUUCUACAAGCCUCAGGAGACACACACGCACUUCUCGUUUCCCCUCAACUUCCUCGUGGCCAUUGUGAUCCUCCUCGACUUCCACUCGUGCCUGCAAAUAUCGCUGGGCGCGUGCACAUGGGGGAUCAACUACCACGUGCGGCCGUUUGCGCUGACGACGGUGAUUCUGUGCGUCAGCAUAACGUGCAAUCUGAGCGCGGGCCUGGUCAUCACCGCUGGCGACCGCAAGACGAGGAAAAAGGACGUCAUGAAGCUGCUGGACCGCCAGGAGCUGACGGAGGAUGCGAUUGCGCGGAUGGAGCACAAGAAAGAGAAGGAGGAGGAGAGGAGGCGGGAGGCGAUUCUGGAACGCAUGGCAGCGGCGUAA